CGCAACAGUAAGUAGAUGGGUGUCCACAACAAAGUCUCUCGAAGGAACGCGCCGCGGGUUGCAAUGAACAGGUCCCUGACAAUCGUGCUGGUGGCCGCCGCGGUCGUGGUCCAGACUCUGGUCGCGCUGCCCAGCGCGGAACGGGACAGCGAUGCGGAUGAAUACAAACUGCCGGCAGAUCUUCUGAUCGGCGCCGGUGUGUCCGCGAUUCAGACCGAAGGGGCCUGGGACGAAGACGGUAAGGCAGAGAGCGUAGCGGACUGGGUCUUCAACGUGCUGAAAAUGGAACCAAACAAUAAAGUAGCAGCAAAUUCCUACCAUCGCUACAAAGAAGAUGUUAAAAUGGCAGCUGAGCUCAAAUUGAACCUGUAUAAAUUCUCCAUUUCGUGGGCUCGAGUGCUGCCUACUGCGGAUGCUGGCAACCCCAAUGCAGCUGGCGUAGAAUUUUACAUGAACCUCAUCGACGAGAUCUUAAAGAGCGGCAUGACCCCCAUGGUCACAAUGUAUCAUUUUGACCACCCUAAGAUGUUAGAAGAUGAAUUCAAGGGUUGGCAAGACAAACGAAUGGCAGAUAAGUUUGCUGAGUAUGCCGGUUUCCUCUUCAAAACUUUCGGUGACAAGGUUAAGCACUGGGUUACUAUCAAUGAACCCAAUAUGUACUGCGCUUACUUCACUACUAUGCUUGUAAAAGCAGGCUUGCGAAAAAAAGAAGAAGUCAGCGCGUACGACUGCAUUCACAACAAUAUAUUAGCCCACCUAAAAGCAAGACAAGUCUUCAAAAAUGGAGGUUAUGAAGGAAAACUUGGCUACAGCGCGCUGCUGAUGUACGCUCAACCAGCAACUAUAAGUCCUGAAGAUGUAUAUGCCGCAAACGUCUUUAACGAACUUCACGCAGGGUCUUCGAUACAUCCAGUUGUGUAUGGAGAUUACCCACAGGUUUACAAGAAUUUAGUCGGAACAAAGUUAACGGAAUUUUCGGCAUCUGAGAAACAGGACCUUGCUGGUUCCGCUGAUUUUGUCGGGCUGAACAUUUACUUCGGGAUGAUAGCGUCAUUUAAUCGCUUUGGGAACUCAAGUGCGAGUGCUGUGACGAGUAUGUUUCUCGGGCAGAUGGGAGAACUCAUACCGUUCAUUGACGUAGGCAUGAAUGGGGGUAAUGGUGGAGGUGAACAAGCAGCAUUCACAACGAUUGACCCCAAUGUUAUGCGUAAUGCUCUGCUGUGGACU